UACACGAAAUAGGUAUCAUCUAAUGUAGCCGGUGUUACGAAAUAUUUUGAAAUUAUUCUGGAAUAGCUGCGUUAACAAAAUGGAUUCGGAGUCGAAUGAUCCACAACCUUCAACGUCGAAUCAACCUCCAUUGGAUGGCGAUCAAUUCAAUGACAGUGAAAUAAACGCCGACAAAGAACUCGAUAGAUUGUUAACGGUUGAGGAAUUUUUACUCAAAUCAAAAACUUUUAUGAUAGAAUAUGAAAAGCACAUGUUUCUUGAUACUGUUGACUCUGAUUGUCUGGUGGUGAGUGCAAGAGGUAUUGGAUAUGAACGUGUGGUACUCAAUCUGCUCAAGGUAUACUGCGAUCCAGCAAAUCUAAUUAUUGUUAUAAACAGUGCCGAUUACGAGGAAAAGUACUAUCGUAGUCAAUUGGAACCAAGAUAUGUACACGAAUCAUCUACCAAUAGCAAUGAGCGCGAGCUCACCUAUCUAAUGGGUGGCAUUCAUUUUAUCUCCACGCGCAUUUUGGUAGUUGACUUGUUGAAAAAACGUAUCCCAAUGGAAUUAAUAACUGGAAUCAUUGUAUUGCGGGCACAUCAAAUUAUCGAAUCUUGCCAGGAAGCGUUCGCCUUGCGACUGUAUCGCCAAUCGAAUAAAACUGGAUUUGUAAAGGCUUUUUCGAACAAUGCCGAAGCAUUCACCUAUGGAUAUGGUCACAUCGAAAAGGUGAUGCGAAAUCUCUUUGUCACCGAAUUAUUAAUUUGGCCACGAUUUCAUGCACUAACCCGAAAAGCAUUAAAAGCAUUUGAGCCAACUGUGAUCGAACUACACAUACCAAUGACAGAUAAGAUGAUUUCAAUUCAAACAGCGUUACUUGACAUAAUGAACUUCGUGGUGAAAGAAAUCAAAAGAAUCAAUCGAUAUAUUGACAUGCAAGAGAUAACAGUUGAAAAUUGUGUGACUAAACGUUUCCACAAGAUUUUACAAUCACAGCUUGACAGCGUUUGGCAUCAAUUGAACUCCCAAACCAAGAUGCUGAUAUCCGAUUUGAAAGUCCUACGAAGUUUAAUGAUCUCGACCAUUUACAAUGAUGCCGUGUCUUUGUUCGUUACAAUGAAACGAUAUCGAAGUCAAGAGUAUGCAUUGAAUAAUUCUGGAUGGAUUUUAUUGGAUACCGCUGAACAAAUUUUCAAAACGACACGUGAUCGUGUCUAUAAUUCAAAUGAUGAAUUCGAGCCAGAGAAGUGUCCGAAAUGGGAUACAUUGUCCGAGAUACUGCGUGUUGAGAUUCCGAGUGAUGUUAGAGCAUCCAUAGAAAGUGGACGACGAGCAGCCAAUAAACCGAUCGUUGUACUGAUUUUAUGUCAAGAUUCUCGGACAUGCUACCAACUAAAUCAGUAUUUGACUGAAGGUGCUGAAAAAUAUUUGCUAUUCACCGCCAUGAAAAACGACAUACCAAUAAAAAAGCUAUCUGAAGCUUAUAAAAAUGUCAGAGAAAGUGAUAUAAAUAGUAUUCGUCUGCGUGGAAGUCACAUGCAGAACGAAACUAUUAAGCCAACAACAAGUUUGGCAUCCACCACUACAACCUCAGCUACCAAGCGAAAGGCUGCACCAGAAUCAGAGGAUGCAAGUCAAACACUGAAUAGUACCGUAUCAGAUACGGGCAAAAAAGGAUUUUUGCGCGAUAGAAUCGCAAAACGAAAGGAAGCGGAAAUGAAGGAAUUUGGAGAAGAAGAUGAAACCAACAAGCCGGCAAAUGAAUUGGAUGAACUUGCAACAGAAGAUAUAUCGGAGUUCUCACUUUACCGUGAAUCAUAUGUAUUAACAGUCACCGAAAAUCCAUCGAUUGAAGUUCCAGCCGAGGCUGCAAAAGAUGACUCCUUCGACGUAACACAAAUGACAAACGGUCAAUUUGAAUCUUUUGCUGAGCUUGAGACUCUUGACAUUAGUCAAAUCAUUCAACAUCAACGAAAACCAAUAGUAUGCAUUCAAACGUUUAAAACUGGUGAAGAUGGUCCCAUAUCAUUAGAUCGAACACUGAAUGAAAUCGAUCCAGCAUAUGUCAUCAUGUACCAUUGUAAUGUGACGGCGAUUCGUCAAAUUGAGGUGUACGAAGCACGGAAGCGACGUGUACAAAGCCAAAGACUGAAAGUCUUCUUUCUCGUACACGCACAAACUGUCGAAGAACAAAGCUAUCUCACAUCAUUGCGGCGUGAAAAACAGGCAUUCGAAUUGAUUAUCGAUACCAAAUCGAAAAUGGUCAUACCAGAGCAUCAGGAUGGAAAAACGGAUGAUUCAUUGAUUGCCUUUCAAAAAGUUACGGAUGUGGUGACAAACACUCGGCAAGCUGGCGGUCAACAGACCGAAGAGGGCACAAUCAUUCCCCGAAUAAUUGUCGAUAUGCGAGAGUUUCGAUCAGACCUACCAUGUUUGAUACAUCGUCGUGGUAUUCAAGUUGUUCCUGUUACAAUAACAAUUGGUGAUUACAUUUUAACGCCGGAUAUUUGCGUCGAACGAAAAUCUAUAUCAGACUUAAUUGGUUCGCUGAAUUCAGGUCGCCUGUACACUCAAUGUAUUCAAAUGACAAGACAUUACAAGAAAGCUAUUUUACUCAUUGAAUUCGAUCAGAAUAAACCGUUCUAUCUCCAGGGCAAUUACAUAAUUUCGGGUGAAUCAGCAACAUCAAACAUCGAUAUUACACAAAAAUUGCAGUUGCUCACGAUUCACUUUCCGAAAUUGCGUUUCGUUUGGUCGCCAAGUCCAUAUGCCACCGCUCAACUAUUUGGUGAACUCAAGCAUGGAAAACUCGAACCUGAUCCCAUUCAAGCAGCGGCACUCGGAUCCGAUGAGAAUUCAAGAGAAUUGGAUAGCAUUGCCGAUCGAAUGAACACAAACAUCUAUGAUUUUCUUCUGAAAUUGCCAGGAAUCACGACAAGAAAUAUUGGAAAAGUCAUGACAAAGGUGAAAAACUUGAGGGAGCUCAUCAAAAUGAAUAUGGAACAACUUACCGAUCUUCUUGGAAGUGAAGCAAACGCAAAAAUGUUUUGGGAAAUUAUUCACAUUGCUCACAAGCCAGUCGAAGCCGAAUCAAACGAAAAGCAGUUUAUGUCAAAGUUCAAAAGAGGCAAAGGAAAGCGAUUUUAGCUGGUCAAAUUCGUUUUUAAAGACUCAAUAAAGCAAAAAUAACAUAUUGUUGAUUUGAUUUUCGAAA